AUGGCCCAGCAGUACUCUCAGGGACCCAAUGUCCAGAACCAGGAAUGGCAGAACAACCUCUGCAAUUGCUCGCCCUGCGACUCUUGUCUGCUCGGCACUUUCUGCCCCUGUAUCCUCUUGGGUAAAACCGCCGAUCGUAUGAGAGACCCUACUAUGCAAACUGCCGAUACCUGCAACAGCGAUGCUCUCAUCUUUUGCGCAAUCAACUGCGUAACUGGCUGCGGUUGGAUUUACUCCAUGAUGAAGCGUGGUGAAAUCCGUGAGCGAUUCGGCAUCAAGGGUAGUGGCAUGAACGAUUGCUGCGUCAGUUACUGGUGUCUCUGCUGUGCUCUUAUCCAGCAGGACAACGAAGUCAAGUCUCGCCUCUCUCAGGGACCUAUCACCCAGGGCUACCAAGCUCAGAAGGAGGGUAUGCACAUGCCGACUUCUCCUCCUGCACAGCAGCAGCAGCAGCAACAACAGCAGCAGUAUCAACAGCAGCAGUAUCAACAGCAGCAGUAUCAGGAUCAGAAGCCCAACCCCCAGCAGCAAGCCCCUCAGCCCGAUUAUCAGCUUCCUCAGCACGGUUACCAGUCUCCUCAGCCUCAGGGAUCCUAUCCUCCACCUCAGCAGACUUACAACCCUCAGCAGCCCCAGUAUUAA